AUGGAUUAUGAAAAGCAAUUAAAUAGAAUUCUUCCUAUUCCUGAAGCUACAGUAAGGGUAACAUGGAAUGAUGAAAAGAUCCGAGUCGAAGCAGAGAAAUGGUGCAAACCAUUUUGCUGUGCUGUUCAGAGAUGCCUCGGAAGGAAAGGUGCAAUAAAAACAGAAGAAGAGAAAAAGCGAUGUGACAUGGCUCCAGCUCAAUUGGAGAGAUGUGUAAAUGACAUAUCAGAUCACCUUAAAGGAAUAAUUGAAAAGAAAAAAGCAUCAGCUAAAUAA